GGAAAUGAUUCUAUAGUGACUGAGUUUAUCAUUGCAGGCUUAACAGAUCAACAAGAACUCCAACUCCCUCUUUUCUUUUUGUUCUUGGGUAUAUAUGUAGUCACUGUGGUAGGAAACCUGGGCAUGACCUUCUUGAUUAUUUUUAGUUCCAAUCUCCACACCCCCAUGUACUAUUUUCUCAGUUGUCUCUCUUUCAUUGACUUGUGUCAUUCCACUGUCAUCACCCCCAAAAUGCUUGUGAACUUUGUGUCAGAGAAGAACAUCAUCUCCUAUCCUGAGUGUAUGAUUCAACUCUAUUUUUUCAUUAUUUUUAUUAUUUCUGAGUGCCACAUGUUGGCAGUGAUGGCAUAUGACCGCUAUGUGGCUAUCUGUAGUCCUCUACUCUAUAAUGUCAUGAUGUCCAAUAAGAUCUGUUUUUGGCUAGUGAGUGGAGUAGGUACAAUAGCUGUGCUUGGUGCUACAGUUCACACUGCCUGCAUGCUUAGAGUUUACUUCUGCAAGGACAAUAUUGUCAAUAAUUUCUUUUGUGAUCUUCUUCCCCUCUUGAAGAUUGCCUGCUCCAGCACCUACAUUAAUGAAGUAGUGAUUCUGGCUUUCACUUCAUUUAACUUCUUUAUCCCAACCCUCACCAUCUUUAGCUCUUAUGCUGUCAUUCUCUUUAGCAUCUUCCGUAUCCAGUCAACAGAGGGAAGAUCCAAAGCCUUUGGCACUUGCAGCUCCCACAUCAUGGGGGUUGCUCUAUUUUUUGGUUCAGCCGGAUUCAUGUAUCUGCAACCUUCUUCUACCAACUCCAUGGACGAGGGGAAAGUAUCCUCUGUGUUUUACACCAUAGUAAUGCCUAUGCUGAACCCCUUGAUCUACAGCCUAAGGAAUAAAGAUGUCAAGAUUGCCCUGAAGAAGAUGCUGGAGAGAAGGAAGUUCUCUUGA